CAGUACUACAGAGACGCCAUAUUGGGUCCAAGAAGAAAGAGAGGCAAAGCUGUCUGAACGACAAUAUAAUCUUGUGGAUUGGGUGUUGUUAUGGCUGGGUUGCCGCGUCGUAUAAUAAAGGAGACUCAGCGUCUUAUGCAAGAACCUGUCCCAGGGAUAAAAGCGGAACCAGAUGAGGGCAAUGCUAGGUAUUUCCAUGUGGUAGUUGCAGGGCCUGAUGGGUCUCCAUAUGAAGGUGGUACUUUCAAACUGGAACUGUUUUUGCCUGAAGAAUAUCCAAUGUCAGCACCCAAAGUACGCUUUAUGACAAAGAUUUAUCAUCCUAAUAUUGAUAAGCUCGGCAGAAUCUGUCUAGACAUAUUGAAAGACAAAUGGAGUCCUGCUUUGCAGAUCCGCACAGUUUUGCUCUCAAUUCAAGCUUUAUUAAGUGCUCCUAAUCCAGAUGAUCCUCUAGCCAAUGAUGUAGCAGAACAAUGGAAAGUUAAUGAAGCAGAAGCUAUAGCAACAGCCCGUAGUUGGACAAAGUCAUAUGCAGUCCCAAACAGCAGUAAAUGAUGCGGAAAGAGAAUCAAAAGAAGACCAGCCAGGAUGGCAGGAAGACCACGUCUACUUAAACUAUGGACAAUAUAAUAAUCUGAAGGGGAAAAAAAACAAUAAGAUUGAAAGCUUGAACCCCAUGUUGGCUGGUGUGCUUGUUCUUAUUAUGACUUUAUCGUGGAAGACGGAACACUUCCAUGCCAUCAUGUAGCAUCAUUUCAUUACGUCAUUCGAAAAUAAAAAAGAGAUGUCUGCACAUGGGGGGGGAGAACAUACCAAGAACGAUGGGAGGGAGGACUUUCAACUUUGAUUUUUACCGCAAUGGUCAUGACACCUUGCCUGGAAAUGAGCGUUUCACAGGGACAUAUAGAUAUUCCCAAUUGACGGUAAUUUGCUGCUUUAUGGCAGUGGAUAAGAACUGGCUUUUUAAAAAAUAAUAUUAAUCGGCGUGUAUGGAAUAUAGGGUCAGCAUUCGGAGUGCUGCGCAUCAAAUUUGAUAUGAGAUCUGCCAUACUGUAUCUAUCCAUAAAUGUUUUUUCGUCAGAUUAUGUUAUUUUCUCCACUUGUCCCCUCUUUCUCCUUUCAUUAAGCACCAAGUGGAUUUUUUAUUUUUUAUUUUAUUAUUAUUAUUUUUUUUAAAUUCAUUUGACUGGUACUGCAGGCCUGUGGUAAGCGGACAGUGGGGAAGAUAAUUCUUUACAUGAAGAUUUUUCUCAACGUUCAUUGUAUUCACUGUGAACUGCUGUUAACAGGUACAUCAGAUCAAGAUUGUGCGCUAUAAUUGUGACAGAACUAACAUUUCCCUUAACUCCUUUUUUUUCUGACAAGCUCAGGUUGGUAAGCAGAGUUUUGUUAUUUGUUAUUGUCAAGUUUUUUCCCCUCUUUAUGAUGCAUUGUGAGAUGAAUUCUUUUCAAUGCAUUCAUUGGUCAGCACUUUAUUAUCAAAUAAUAUAUUUUAGGUGUCGCUUCGAAGAAAAUGUCAUGGUAACUGAGUGUAUAACACAACUGUUGAAUCUAUUUAAUGGGUAAACAAUCUCUUAUGAAAGUAAAUGAAAGACUUGCUUGGAAUUUGCCACUUUUCUAAUGCAGUUAUCUAGUCAAACCAAGCAGGGAUUGUUAUGAGGUAUAAGAUUAAGAGAUCACAGUGUAACUUCAGGAUUAAGUUUUCCUACUCAGUUGGAAGUAUUGUGCUUAAAGUAAAAUGUUUUCUGUAAGCGACCACAUUUUAAAAAUCUUUGUUAUAAGUAUUGUUAGUCUCUAAGAUUCCUCAUAAUAUAUAUGUAGUGUUUAUGAAAUUACUAUAGAUUGAGCCACAGUAGUUGAGUAGCCUGUAAAGGGCAUCACCUGCUGUUGUCUGCUUUUGAGAUGUGUGUUCUGUCACCAUUAUACAUUCAACACCAAACUGGAUUUUUGGUGGUCAUUUUUCUAUAUAGUUGUAUGCACAAUGGUUGGAAAAAAAGUAUUAAUUUAUUUUCUUUGAAUUUUUCCCAGUUAAACAGUAUGAGCUGACACCUUUUUAUUGUAGAGUCUUAGAAGUGUACACAAGACCUGUAUAAAAAAGUGUACAUAUAGGUUGUCUGCUCAAGAACUUAGAACCCCUUUGAUUCUAAAAGUUGUCGCCAGGUGACCAAUGGCGCUCAGCCAUUUGAACCCUUGAUUAAUAAAUUUGGUCAUUUUAA